GGACAACUGGAGGUGCUGCGAACGCUCCUUGCCGAGCACGGCGUGCCGCUGGAGCACACUAACACGGACGGGAAAACGGCGCUGCACGAGGCUGCUCAGGAAGGUCACGUCGAUUGCGUACGACUACUCCUGGGCUCCGGAGCGCAGGUCGACAACCUGAAAAAGGCCGAUUGGACUCCACUGAUGCUUGCAUGUACUAAGGAAAAUCUUGCAGUUGUGGAAGAACUGGUGAAAAAUGGCGCAUCUUUGAGUCUAGUAAACAAAGAUGGGUGGACUCCUUUCCACAUUGCCUGCAGAGAGGGUCACACUUUCAUCGUAAAAUUUUUGCUGGAUUCUGACCCCGGUUGCUGGGAUAGGAGGAGCAAGAACGGUCGCACACCGCUCCACACUGCAGGUAGGGUAUACCCUUCCUUGUGUGCACACAGACAGUGUGAGAGAGGAAGGAAGCACCAGAGCUUAUCCUUGGCUGGAAUGGUGUUACAAUGAAAUAAAUAUAGCUGUAGUCCAUAG